GGCGUGGGCCCCGCUGGGACAGGUCAGGCUGCUUUCGUGGUGGCCUACUGCGAAGUGGCGGAAGAAUGGACAACCACCUUCAUGGUGAUGGUUCUCUGCAAUCUGGGAUCUAUGUCAGGCGGCAGUCUGGCCACCGGCGCUGUGUGACGUGAGAUGCAUGUCUCAUGCGUCCACUAGUCUUGGCAGAUUGUUCAUGCUCUGUGGCUGCAAGCAUGCCUGCAGUGUGCUGCAGGAAUCCUACCAUCGGCGGUCAGGCUCCCGCAUGGGAUGGUAAAGACAGAACAGGCGCUCGAUGCCCAACGAGACUUCCUGCAUGACUCAGCCUGACAGUUCUCAUAUAUCUAGACUCUGCUGGAGCCAUGCUUGUUUUCAGUGCUCUUGUCCUGGCUCUUCAAGCCAGUGUCUUAAAGGCUUGCCACUCUUUAUCGCUACGAAUGUUAUUAUCAUAACGAAAGGCAGGUUCGACAUGAUCUGCAUUCAGUGCGUGCAAGAAGAGGACUCCUGCUUGUGCUCGUUCUUCGACUUUCGGGCUGCUGCUGGAGAAUACGAGGACGAGUCAACAUCUUCGGGCGAUCAACUUCUUUUGCAAGAUGUCCUAUUCUCGCCUGCAAUAAUUGAGACCAUCGUCACCAAGUGUUAUUCCAGUAUGCUGACACCCGCGCCAGGCCAUGCUCGAGAUACUGUAUCUCAAAGCUUUCUGAUCCACGACGUGCAGAAAGAUAUGCUGGACAUGGUCGAAUCAUCAGUCUCGACGGUUCAGCAAGAGGGCGUUCCGAUUUAGAGCGCACAACCUCUUGGCGUUCCACAAGACGACACAAUUCAACCACCCAG